AUGGUUACAAUUGGUAACGCCCAUGAUGAUUUGAUUCAUGAUGCAGUUUUGGAUUACUACGGUAAGAGAUUGGCGACCUGUUCUUCAGAUAAUACCAUCAAGUUAUUUGACAUCGAAGGUGAAUCCUAUAAAUUGGUGGAAACUUUGGUGGGCCACGAAGGUCCUGUGUGGCAAGUUUCCUGGGCCCAUCCCAAAUUCGGGUCCAUUUUGGCCUCCUGCUCCUAUGAUGGCAAAGCUUUGAUCUGGAAAGAACAACCAGAAACUAGACAAUGGUCAAUUAUAGCUGAACAUAAGGUUCAUCAAGCUAGUGUUAAUUCGGUAUCUUGGGCUCCUCAUGAAUUGGGAGCCGUGUUAUUAUGCUCUUCUUCUGAUGGAAAAGUCUCCGUGGUUGAUUUCAAAGAUGACGGAACCUCAUCGCAUGUUAUAUUCGAUGCUCACGCUAUAGGAGUGAACUCUGCAUCAUGGGCUCCAAUUACUAGUGUUGAUUCCAAGUCUCCAACACCUGAAAGAAAGUUUGUCACUUGUGGAUCAGACAAUUUGGCUAAGAUUUGGAAAUUCAGUGCCAAGGACAAUAAGUACGUUGAAGAAGCCAGAUUGGAAGGUCACAGUGAUUGGGUUCGGGAUGUAUCCUGGUCUCCGUCGGUUUUAAUUCGGUCUUACAUUGCAACUGCCUCUCAAGACCGUACGGUGUUGAUUUGGAGCCAAGACAAAUCUGGAAAAUGGCAGAAACAACUUUUGACCGAUGAAAAAUUCCCAGACGUUUGUUGGAGAUGUUCAUGGUCUUUGUCGGGCAAUAUAUUAGCAGUAUCGGGAGGUGAUAAUAAGGUCAGCUUGUGGAAAGAAAAUUUACAAGGAAAAUGGGAGUCCGCCGGAGAAGUGGAUCAGUAA